AUGUCAGCGGACUUGUUCGCAGAAUUUGGAUCCGGGGCCCCAUCUAAUCAGUCCUCAGGGACUGCAGCCCAGAGGGGGGCUCGACCUGCCGAUGCAACAUCUUCUCUAAUCCCCGAACUAGAAAUAUUCGAUAAUGCUCCCACAGUAUCUACGUCACACACCAUUCAGCCACGGGCGGUAUCGACCCAUCGAAAUACGUUGGGAAAGUCUAAUGCAUCAUAUCCGAUGCACUAUGGCAACGACAGUAAUGUUCUAUUUGAUGCCACCUUGGAAGACCCUCCCGACGACAAUAGCGAAGACUGGGGGGAGUUCGAAUCUGCGGAUACUCCGCCUUGUCAAGCCGCACCAGAAAUUCUUAGUCACACUGAAGGAAAUACUUCACGUCAGUCAAUGAAGGGUCCAAAUGAGCCGGAAAACCUUGCGGUCUCGCCCAAUCAUCUUGAUUUGCUAGACUCCUUAUCAAUAGAAGAUAAAUCACCGCAAAGGCAUUCUCAAGCCUCCAGCACACUUGUUAAUAAAAACAGCAAUGUUACAUCUACAGCUUCUGGCAUACCUGAAGAUGAAGAUGCCUUUGAUGAUUGGGGUGACUUCGUAGACGGCCCGCCUACGGAACCCCCCAAGAGUGUCGGGAGCCAAAGACUUGCUUCUGCAAAGGCACCAACCCAGAAAGCAAAGGCCGCCACCAAUCUGGAGAAAAAGAUCUCUCCAACGUUCAAAAUAUCAAGUAAUGCUGUCUCUCCAGCUCAGAUCCGUCCAACGAAUAUACCUCCACCAUCUGUUCUGUUAGAGUUAUUUCCUCGACUUUUUGAUCAACUCCGGAAGGAGGCUACUGAAGCUAGAAAAAACGUCCAAGAAAAGCAAAAUAUUGAGAAUGUCGCGCUGCUGAUUCUUUGCACUCUGAAAGCAGCAGCUCGAGUUGUUGCGGGCCGUACAUUGCGAUGGAAAAGGGAUAGCAUUCUGAGUCAGAGCAUGAGGAUCGGCCCAGCACGCGCAGGGAAGCUAGGAGGGAUGAAACUUAAUGCGGUCAAUAAAAAUGAGGACAUCAAGGAACAACAGGAAGCUGUUGACGUGGUAUCUAUGUGGCGUGACCGGACCGCCCUUUUCAAUUCUGUGAUCCAGGCAUCUGGCAGACGUCCAAUCCAUGUCAUUCCUACUAACAUCCGAGCGAUGACUGCCACUCCUGGGCAGGGAGCUUUGAAAGCUUCCCAUGCUUGUGCCCUUUGCGGGCUGAAAAGAGACGAACGGCUACCCAAGGUUGAUGACCAGGUAGAGGAUAGCUUCGGAGAGUGGUGGACCGAUCAUUGGGGUCAUACUGAGUGUAGACAAUUCUGGGAGACCAAUGUUGCCUUACUCGGUCAAAGAUGA